GCUGCCGACUGCGGCGCAGCCCGCCCGGAGCGGGAGGAGCUGCUUCUUGGUGGCAGGUCGGGUUGGUUUCUUCGUUCCCUCCCGUUGCUAUAGUGACUGCGGGCCGGGUCGGGCCACGACACCGCGACACGUCGCCGCCGUCAGCGCAAGCCACAGCCCGGCGGGUCUGCGGGGCGCUGCCAGAAAAAAAAUAUGAAUACAUUCUGGUGAACUAAAGGAAGACUUGAAUGCAUGGCUUGUCACCUUUGUACAACACCUUGAGCCUCUUACAGCAGCGUUUCCUGCUGGCGAGUAGACACGUUGAGUUCCAAGGGAUCCUUCCGCUAUGGGCUGGGGAUCCCAUUAAAGAGCCAAGUUGUAUUUUGAUAUGAAAUGUUUCACAUUGCUCUGUUACAGUUUACCAGGAAGUUUCACCUUGCUAUGAGAACUGAAGAUGGACCCAGAAGAGCAGGAGUUACUUGGUGAUUACAGAUACAGGAAUUAUUCUUCAGCAAUUGAGAAAGCUUUGAGAAACUUCGAAUCAUCAAGUGAAUGGGCAGAUCUUAUCUCUUCCCUUGGCAAACUCAAUAAGGCUCUUCAGAGUAACCUGAAGUAUUCUCUGUUGCCAAGACGUCUGAUCAUCAGUAAAAGAUUAUCUCAAUGUUUGCAUCCAGCACUUCCUAGUGGAGUACAUUUAAAGGCACUAGAAACCUAUGAAAUAAUCUUUAAAAUAAUUGGGACAAAAUGGCUUGCCAAGGACUUAUUCUUGUACAGCUCUGGUUUGUUUCCUCUGCUGGCAAAUGCAGCAAUGUCAGUGAGGCCUGUUCUCCUUGGUUUAUAUGAGAAAUACUUUCUUCCUCUCCAAAAGUCCCUCCUGCCUGGUCUUCAAGCCUUUGUAAUUGGACUGCUGCCUGGAUUGGAAGAAGGGUCAGAAAUCUAUGACAGAACAGAUGCUUUGCUUGUGAAGCUCUCCUUAUUAAUGGGCAAAGAAGUUUUCUAUGGAGCACUCUGGGGCAGUGUUCUGGUCAGCCCGUCCAUUAGGCUGCCUGCUUCUCUUUUUGUUGUCAGCCAUAUCAACAGAGAACAGUCUGGAAAACAGCAGAAGUACAUGCUUGGCACCGAUUAUAAGCUUACAAUAAAGUCUUUGUGUGUAUCAGUACUGGAUUCAAAUGUCCUUGUGCAAAGAAACACUCUCGAAGUGAUUCUUUUCUUCUUUCCAUUUGAUACAGCUUUGGACUACAAUGAAAACGCUAUUCUACUACGCAGGACUGAUUUAGUCUAUAUUCUGUCAGCAGCUACACAGACAUUGUUGAGGAGAGACAUGUCACUCAAUAGAAGAUUAUAUGCAUGGUUGCUAGGCUCUGAUAUUAAAGGGGGUACUUUCGCUCCAGAGUCAACAACUUCCGAAGACCAUGCUGUUUAUUUUUUUGGAAAAUACUCUAGAGAUCUUUUAGUUGAGAGUUUGGCUGAAAUUUUACAUCAGAAAUUCUCAGAGGCUGAUACGGAGGAACAGCAUCAAGCUUAUCUGAAACCUUUCCGCAUCCUCAUCAGUCUCCUUGAUAAACCUGAAAUAGGGCCACAGGUUGUUGGGGACCUCUUUCUUGAAGUUAUUAGGGCCUUUUAUUCCUACUGCAAGGAUGCGCUUGGUUCUGAUCUCAAACUUAGCUACAAUCAAAGUGGCAACGUACUUGCAAGUGCAAUCAAAGAGAACAAAAAUGCUUCAGAAAUUGUCAAAACAGUCAAUGUGUUGAUUACAUCCUUAAGCACAGAUUUUCUUUGGGAUUACAUGACCAAAUGUUUCGAAAAUUGUUUCAGAAAGAAAUCCACACAGACGAGAGAUCCUCUUGAAAAUGUUAGCAUGCCUCCUACAGUUUCAGAACUCUGCACGUUAUUGGUGUUUCUUCUCGACGUGAUUCCUUUGGAACUCUACUCUGAAGUGCAGACACAGUACCUUCCCCAGAUGCUCAGUUAUAUGGUGCAAUCUCUCCUGGAAAACAUGGAGGUAUUAGGUUUGCCAGAACUCUCUCAUGCCUUAAAGACAUGUUUUAAGGUGCUUAGCAAAGUGCAAAUGCCUCCUUCCUAUUUGGACAUUGAAACGGGAAGUAGAAAUGGGAGCCCGGUGAAAAAGGAAAAUGGGGAUGUAACCUCAGAGACUAAGUCCGUGCUGCAGGAGGAGGAUGAGACUCCAUUCCCUCCCCUGAAGUCAGAAGACAGUGGCAUUGGUCUAAGUGCUUCCUCCCCAGAGCUCUCUCAGCACUUAGGAGUGCCGACUGUGACGCUUGAGAGAGAUGAUGUCUGGAAAAAAGGCGGGAGCAUUCAGAAGACUUUGCAUUGCAUCCAAGAGCUGGUUGCCAAGUUUUCCAGUAAAUACAUUUUUGGAGUGCAGUUUCAAGAAGCAAAUAAUGAAAGCAUCUCAGCAAUUAGUAUGAGUGGAAAAGAGAAAAAGGAAAAUGGCUACAGAUUAUCUGAGAGUGCCAGCAAGAAAAAGAUUGCAAAGCAAAUCACUGUACCUCAGUUUAAACAAAUGCUUUCAGAAUUGUUCUCAGUUCGAGGGUCACCAUUCAAGAACAAGAGUUCUAACCUUCUUUCUUCUGACUGCAACUCUGAUAAUAGAAAAGAAAAGGAGGAAGACUGGGACUUGGAACAAGUGAUGCUUGUCUUGGGACCCCUUAGAGCUGACUGUAAGGAAGCUUUUGCUGCAGCUUGUCACCUUCUGUUGGAUUGUACCACAUUCCCAGUCUAUCUUUCAGAGGAGGAAAUGGAACAGUUGUAUAUCUCUUUGUUUCAGUUUCCUGGAGGUUGUGAUGCCAGCUUCCCACUGUGGCUGAAGUCCUUAAUGACAAUAUGCUGCUGUGUGAAUGACUGCUACAUUCAGAAUGUGUCCAUCUUCACGCUGCUGGAGGUGAUCAACCAUUCCCAGUCACUGGCACUUGUGAUAGAAGACCGAAUAAAGCGGUACAAAGUCUCUGGCCACAACCCCUUCCUUGGAAAGCUGCAGAUGGUCACACUUCCACCCAUUGCUCCUGGAGUUCUAAAGAUCAUCUCAGAGAAAACAGAUUUCUACCAGAAAGUAGCCUGUGUGCUCUGGAAUCAGCUGAACAAAGAGACACGAGAACAUCAUAUUGCCUGUGUGGAACUUUUCUAUAGGCUGCAUUGCUUGGCACCAUCAGCAAAUAUCUGUGAAGACAUUAUAUGCCACGCACUAUUGGAUCAUGAUAAAGGAACAAGGCUGGAAGCACUGUUCAGAUUCUCUGUCAUGUGGCACCUGACCAGAGAGAUUCAAGGCAGCAGAGUAUCUUCUCACAAUCGGUCCUUUGAUAGGUCUCUGUUUGUGGUACUGGACAGUCUCAAUUGUUCAGAUGGUGCAAUUGGUGCUGCAGCACAGGGCUGGCUGAUCCGUGCUCUUUCACUUAAUGAUGUUGCACGGAUUCUUGAACCAGUCCUGCUGCUGUUGCUUCAUCCAAAGACACAACGCACGUCCAUCCACUACAUCAAACAGAAAAAUUCAACAGAAGAUAUACAUGAUUGGCUUUGCAAGAAGAAGGUCUCCUGGAAAGAAUCUGGUGUCUCUGAGAGCAAUUCUGAGGAAAACCUCCCAUUAAGUCAGUUUACUGCUGUGGAUAGAGAAGCAAUUUGGGCAGAAGUGGAAAAAGAUCCAGAGAAGCUGGAGUUAAAAACUGAACAGUCUGAAAGUGAUGCCUCUUGUAAUCCUGUAACUUCACAUGAGGCAGAUGGUGACCAGGAUAAUAGUGAGCACACAGAAUCAGCGGAUACCAGCACAGGCCAUGACAGUGAAAAUACAUCCUCUUUUUCUCCUUCUCUGGAGCUGCAAGAAAUGAGCAAUGAGGACAAUGACAGCGGUGCAGCUGAUGGCAAAGAGAAUAUAAACCAUGCAUUCCUUCCUGAAAGCUCCAAAUCCAGUACAGCACUAAACCUUGUGCGUGCUGACUCUGAAAGGACUCAAGCAUCAGAAUCUCUGUCAAGUGAUGAAGAGGUGGACUUGGAGCUCCAGGAAAUUACAAACUCUAGGUUGCUCAAGCAGCAGAAGGAAAAACAGGAGAUGGCUGAGGCUCUGUUCAAACAUAUGCUGCUAUAUUUGCAACCCUAUGAUUCCAAGAGGGUAUUGUAUGCUUUUUCUGUUCUGGAGGCGGUGCUUAAAACAAACCCUAAAGAAUUUAUUGAAGCUGUAGCUAGUACUAGCAUGGAUACCAGCUCCACUGCACAUUUGAAUCUUAUUUACAAUCUCUUAGCUCGUCACCAAGAAGCUCUUGUAGGACAGAGUUUUUAUGGCAAGCUUCAGACUCAGUCCCCAACCAUGUGUCCCCAUUCUCUCCUAAUAGAAUUGCUCACUUAUCUCUGUCUCAGUUUUCUGCGCUCGUAUUAUCCAUGCUACUUGAAGGUUACACACAAAGAUGUACUUGGCAACAGAGAUGUCCAGGUAAAAAGUGUGGAAGUCUUGAUUAGAAUGAUGACCCAACUGGCUACGAUGGCAAAAGCAGCAGAGAAUAAGAAUGUAGAAUUCAUACGGAAUUUGCUAGGAAGAUGCAAAAUUCAGGAGUUUGUUCUUCUUUCCUUGUCUGCAUCUAUGUACACAAGUCAGAAACGGUAUGAACUGCUUAUGGUAGAUGGAGUUAAUAACAUUCCGGCAGAUGAUCUUUUUGAAGAGAGCCUAAUCAAUUUUGGGCAUGAUCAAAUAUGGAGCGAACACCCACUCCAGAUUGAGUUGCUGAAGCUCUUGCAAGUGUUGAUUGUCUUGGAGCACCAUCUUGGACAGACUCAAGAGGAGCAGGAGAAUCAGCCAGAUCUCUCCAGGGAAUGGCAGCAGGCUCUUAAUUUCCAGCAGGCUAUUGGGGCAAUGCAGUAUGUCUAUCCACACCCAAUAACUUCACAGGGAUUAUUUGUCUCUGCUGUUGUUAGAGGUUUGCAACCAGAGUAUGGCUAUGGGAUGCAUCCUACUUGGGUAAGCUUAGUCACAUGUUCCCUGCCUUAUUUUGGGAAGUCUUUAGGCUGGACUGUGGCACCAUUUGUUGUACAGAUUUGUAAAAACCUGGAUGAGCUUGUCAAACAGUAUGAAAAUGAAGCUGUGAAGAUAUCUAUGAAAACAUCCGCAAGCUUAACCUCUAAAAGAGAGAAUGUUACACCUGAUUACCCACUAACCCUUUUGGAAGGUCUGACAACUAUUGGUCACUUUUGCCUCCUGGAUCACCCUAAUCAAACUAAAAAGUCAUCAUGUUUAGCUGAGCCUGCAAACCUGAGAAAUGCUAGGAAUGCCAUUUUGGAAGAGUUGCCUCGUAUUAUUAAUACCAUGUCCCUUCUCUGGAACGUUAUAAAGAGGGAAGACUCUCAAAAACGACCAACUGACUUUUUUGGAACUACUAAAGGCUCUUCCUCAGUCUACUUUAAAGCAACCAAAACAUUAAGAACUAAAAUACUGGACUUCUUGAAUCCAUUGACAGCACAACUUGGUAUCCAGUUGAUGACAGCAAUUGCAGCAGUAUGGAAUAGCAAGAAACCUCACAGGAAUCAAAGAAAAAUAAAGAUUCUUCCAAUGGCUAGUGCAUCCCAACUUAUUCUUGUGGACUUAAUAUGUGCGCUUCACACACUGAAAACUGAUACUAUAUUACAUCUAGUCAAAGAAGUGGUCAAGAAGCCAUCACAAAUCAAGGGUGAAGAGAAAUCCUCUCUUGUAGAUAUUCCGAUGUUGCAGUUCAGUUAUGCUUUCAUUCAAAGAUUGCCUGUCGCAGCCUUGCAGGAGAACUUCCAGUCCUUGUUAGGACUUCUGAAGGAGUCUGUGCAGUUGAACUUGGCUCCUCCUGGACAUUUUCUGCUUCUCAGUACCCUGAAUGACUUUGUGACUAGGACACCGACUCUAGAAAACAAAAAAGACCAAAAAGACUUGCAGGAAGUGACUCAAAAAAUCUUGGAGGCUGUAGGUAAUGUUGCUGGUUCUUCUUUGGAACAGACUAGUUGGCUGAGCCGGAACUUAGAAGUGAAAGCUCAGCCUCAGAUUUUGCCAGAUGAGUUCAACACUGAAGAUGUGAAUGAUACUUCAGUGGCACCAUCAUCAAUGGUUUCUGCUUCUGCUCCUUCAAUAUACAGUGUCCAAGCUCUUUCACUCCUUGCAGAAGUUCUUGCUUCUCUUUUGGACAUGGUUUACCGAAGUGAUGAGAAAGAGAAAGCUGUGCCACUGAUUUCCCGUUUGCUAUAUUACGUAUUUCCUUAUCUACGCAAUCACAGUACCUACAAUAUUCCUAGUUUUCGUGCUGGUUCUCAGCUGCUCAGCUCAUUAAGUGGAUACGCCUAUACCAAGCGAGCGUGGAAAAAAGAAGUUCUUGAGUUGUAUAUGGAUCCAGCUUUUUUCCAAAUGGACACUUCAUGCACUCAUUGGAGAUCCAUUAUUGAUCACCUUCUAACACACGAGAAAACUAUGUUUAAAGACUUGAUGAACAUGCAGAGCAGCGCCUUAAAACUCUACCCAAGUUUUGAGCAAAAAGCAAUGUUGUUAAAGCGGCAAGCUUUUGCUGUCUUCAGUGGAGAAAUUGAUCAGUAUCAUCUCUAUCUUCCCUUAAUACAAGAACGACUGACUGAGAACCUCCGUGUUGGGCAGACUUCCUUAGUUGCCGCGCAGAUGUUUCUCCUCUUCAGAGUUCUACUGUUAAGGAUUUCUCCUCAGCAUCUAACCUCCUUGUGGCCAAUUAUGGUAACUGAAUUGAUUCAGACGUUUCUACAGCUGGAAGAAGAAUUAACUGAGGAAGAUGAACCAUCAAAGAGCAACAGCAAAAUAAGUAAACAGAAAGUCUCAGGUGAUGGCAGUGGAUCUGACAUCCAGCAGAAUGAGCUGUCCUUGUACUUAUCCGCUUGCAAGUUUUUAGACACGGCGCUUUCAUUUCCACCUGACAGGAUGCAGUUGUUCCAAAUGUACAAAUGGGCAUUUGUCCCAGAGGUGGACACAGAGUCAUCUACUGUGACUUCUCAUCUGGUAGAAAAUCACCAGGAAUGUAGACCACACAUAAUAAGAAUUAUGGAUCUGCUAAAGAUGAAAUACGGGGAAAGAAACAACACUGACGAGGGAAUUUCCAAAAGGCUCAGAUUUCCUCUUUUGAACUUCCGCACUAUAUCUAGCAUUACCCAGCUUAUGCCCUUCUUCAAGACACUGUGUUGUGCAUUUACAACAAAAGGGAGUGAGGCCCAGAAUUCACAUACUUCUGCAUCUCUCUCUGUGGACUAUGUUGGCAGCAACGGCAUAAAGAUCUUGCAGCAGCUUGAAGAGAGUGUUGAAUGUGACUUCCUUGAAAACAUGGAAAGUUAGGCUGCGUGUCAGACACUUAGUAGUUAAGCAGCCAAGAAAAAAAAGGGAAAACAGUACUGUGAUCCUUCUUUUCUUUUCCCAUUUUGAAACUACAUUUUAGGUUUUCUUCCUGCUUUUGUGGGAUGUACUUCAAUAAUUCAAGCUUCCCAGUUGGUGAUAAAAAGCAGGAUUCUUUGUGUUCUGGGGAGGCAGGAAGGAGGAUGUACAGCUUAGUGGUAAUUUACCAUCGUUACUGUAUUCUUUUGCUUGUUUUCCUUGUGAAGGAUUAAAGAGAUUUGUAAAUAAUGGUAGAAGAUUUUUAACUUGGUGAAAGUAGCAACUGUACCAUGUAUCCAGUACGUUCUCAAGUAAGUAUUUUACACUACUUUUGGAACUGUGAUCUGAAAGUAAAUUUGAGAAAAAGCUAAUAUUGCAUGUCAGUGUACAAUCAGUUUGCAGAAAAGCCAUGAGUUGAAGUUAAAGCCCCCUUCUAUUUCUCCUUCCUUUAACUGGUCCUAAAACUUAGCAACUUGUAAACAGAUAAUUUAAAUUUCAAACAGAUCUAUUUUAUAAGCCUUAUUAUGCAAAGAACUGCAGACUUACCAUGUUUGUAAUUUCAGUACAUGCAUAAAUGACCAACCUAUGCAGUAACAUUUUAUAAUUUGCACUACUGUGAGGGCUUUUCAUUAGUUGACUAACUAAAGAAUAUUCUAAUUCAGUUCUUAAAUGAAAGACCUUUGUUCUUUCAGUGGCUAAGAUCACUUUGCAACUCAUGAAAUGCAGUUAAAUGAAGAUAAUCCUGUAAAAAUAUAAAUUACUGUAUACCCACAGCCUAACCAUGUAAAAAUAUAAAUUACUGUAUACCUACAGCCUAAUUCAAAGGAAAAUUCAUUUUUUAAGGAACACUUUUUAUACAAAUAAAUAUAUUUGGCUGUUCCUAGGUGUUAAAGGAGGGAGGGAUGUCAUUCACAGUGACUACGAUAAUGUUCAAGGUGCAGCUUCUUUUGGAUCUGCAGCGCUUCCACCAUCCAGGACUUGGAAGGGACAGCAGUUAGUUCUACCACCAUACAGUGAAGCUGCUUGUCUGAAGAACCUUUCAGACAGUUAGUGGAUAAGUAGCACCAUAGCCACGUGUACAACAAAAAGCUUAGUAGAACACUUUUUCCACGAGGAGGUGGACUCCAUUGAGUUUUCAUAUUUAUUGGAUAUUCUGACUGGAUUUGCAAUGCCAGUUUGUCUGGAAGGGAAGUUUAUCAUAGUUUUCAUGAUGAAAAGCUUUGUCUACUUUAUUUAAACAACUUUGCCUCCAGAGAAGUGGAUUUAUAAGAUAUACCUGCAGACUGGUACUUGUGUUAUCUGAAACAUCUCAACUGAGGUAAAUGUGCUUGGUAUUGGACUUCAUCAUUAUUGGUGUUGUUUUUUCCUAAUUUAAAAAAAAAAAAAGGACAUGCCAAAUGAAUGGUUUAAUGUUGUUAGGUUGUGACAUCAGGGAUUUUUUUUUUUUUCAAAACUCACAAGAAAUAUGGAAGGUUACUUGGCAGCGUUUUUUACCUACAGAUGUAUGAAUCCAUCUUUAGAUUAUAAACUAAAAUAAUGAAAUGCUAAGCAGCAUGCUUUACAACUGUAAUACUGUAAUGCUGAAUGAAGGUAGUAUUAUAGGCUUAUGCUAAAUAUAAAGUUUCUGUGAAUUUUUACAGUUAUGGAAAGCAAUAGACUGAGGUGUGAUAUUGUGUAGUACUAGGGAUGUGAAUUAUUUGUAUUUAUAUAAUUUAUUAACACACUAAUGCCGUUGGAAUAAGCACAAAUGAAAAAAAAAUAAUCCUUUCUAAGCACCAGUUGAAAACUGGAACAGGAUAUUUUUAAGUAAUUUUGUUAAUUGCUUACAUAAACUCAAGGAUUUUUUUUUUUAAAUAAUAUUGCUAAUACUCAGGAUGACUUGGUAGUUUGACUUUUAGCUUUCUGAUGGUUGCAUUCCAUACUUAGGGACUUCUUUUAAAAUCAUGAGAUGCUACUGAAUUGCUGUUAAUAAUCUAAGACAACUUUCUGUCACUAAACCUUUUGCUUUACAUUCUCCUCUAAGCUCUAAACCUGUCUUCACUUAAGUUUCCUCACUAACAAAAGAUGAUGAAGCAGUAACUUAGAUUGAGGGUUUUGUCAUCCUUCCCUUUGGAAGGGAAUGUCCCGUUCUGUCUGCCAGUGCUUUGGAUGUGCGUGGGAUCAGUCAUCACUGCCCCACCACCCAGGAUGUGGUGGUAAAGAUUAAAAACUGAAUCUGUGAGCGAGCUGCUUGGAACUCUAAGAUGAUCGUACCUUCUGCAAAAAUAGCACUUGCUUCUCUCUUGCCUUCUGUGCGUACUUUUGCGUUUGCUCUGUGAUUCUGCAGAUUGCUGCUUUAAGUGGUCUGCACAUCUUUUAUCAUUAUAAAAAGGGUUCUGAACAAAAAGGAACGGGCUCUAAUUAAAAUAGUCUUACUUGGAUGGCGGAAACUUGCCAUUGAAUAUGCUUAAAGGUAUCGGUAACAGUGUAACUUCAUUCUUUUUCUAUAUGGGACUAACCUUAGCCAAUUUAAUUCUUACGGUACUGUGAUUAAAUCCACGUGAAGGAAGAGGGUUGUACUGCGCUAACACCAGAACUACCAAAGCAGUAUAACCAAACUGUAGAUAUAUCUGAUAAACUUUAGCCUCAAAUUCAGUAGCCAAGAGCUGGAGAGAAAAUGCCUUUGCUGUGUGAUUUUUUUGUGUAGUUUUUGCUUGUUUUCAAGCUUAGUUUUCUCUUUUUCAUACUUCAGCUUUGGGAUGGUGUAGCCACAGUGCAUGAUACAUGGAGGGGAAAAGUAUUUAAAUAUUCACAAGGGUUUCCUUUUCCUGAAGGGAAGAAAAAUACAGUUGGUGCAACCAAGAUAACUGCCAAAGAACAGCAGAACUUUAAAUACGGAGCAUUAAAUAAUGGCUAAUUGUAUUCAAUGCUACAUUUGAAUGUAAUUCUAAAAAUAAUAUUAAAUGUUAUUUUGAAAUAUCA